UCUGGAUUAGUUCCCGUUGACCCGUCGUGGGUCCUGAAGGAGGAUGCUGGCCCUGGUUCUUCUGGCCCUGACCCAAACCCUGACCCGGAGCCAGCGGCUGGACUACAACAGCUGGUUGGACCAGGCGGCGCCGUCCGAUGGUCUGUGUCGCUAUGGCAACAGCGUGGAGUGCUGCUGGGGCUGGAAGCAGGCGGACGGGGGCCGAUGUCAACCUCACUGUCAGCACGCCUGCAAACACGGAGACUGUGUCGUACCCGACAGAUGCAAGUGCCACCCGGGAUUCAGCGGCAAAGCCUGUAACCAAGACCUGAACGAGUGCGGCCUGCGCCCGCGGCCCUGCAAGCACCGCUGCAUGAACACGCCGGGCAGCUUCAAGUGCUACUGCCUGGACGGCUACGAGCUGCAGCCGGACGGCAGCUGCAGGAUCAGGACCUGUUACCACGCCAACUGCCAGUACGGCUGUGAGGUCAUCAAAGGCCAGGUGCGGUGCACGUGUCCGUCUCCGGGGUUACGUCUGGGUCCGGACAGGCGCACCUGCGUGGACGUGGACGAGUGCGUGUCCGGUGGCGGCGUGUGUCCUCGCCGCAGGAAGUGCGUGAACACGUUCGGGAGCUUCAUCUGCAAAUGCCACCUGGGCUUCAGGCUCACGUACGUAAACGGACGCUACACCUGCCUAGAUAAAGACCCGCGGCCGUUCUGCUCGCUGAACCCGUCCUCCCCAAAGUGCAGGUGUAAAGACGGCUGCACAGUCGUCCCCAAAGUGACUGUGUACCCGCCCAAACCCAGAACCCCGCCCCCCCUCACCACCACGGCUACAACCGCUGCUCCUGUAACCGCAGCUCCUCCCACAGCCGCUACUACUGUUCCAACCAUAGCAACCACCGUUACCUCGGUAACCACUGCCAUGGAAACAACCCGCCCACCUCUGACUGAUGCUUCAACCACUACAGCUUCAACAACAACAACAAUGACAACCAGAGUUCCAACAACAACCACAACACUGCCCACAACAACAGAAAUGGAUACAACGACUCUAACCACCACUUCUACCACCACUACAACUACUGCUACUACAACUACUGCUACUACAACUACUGCUACUACAAGUACAGCUACUACAAGUACAGCUACUACAACUACUGCUUCUACAAGUACUGCUACUACAACUACUGCUACUACAAGUACAGCUACUACAACUACUGCUUCUACAAGUACUGCUACUACAACUACUGCUACUACAAGUCCUGCUACUACUACUACAGCCACUACUGCUAGUACCAUGUCUGCUGUUAUCACGGUACCUACAGUCGCCUUGACAACCACGAUGCUGCCAACGUCCUCCUUAAAAACAACAACAAUAAGCAACAGAAUCAACAAGGAUGUGACACAAAGACAGAGAGGAGACGUGCACAUUCCUCGACUGCCCGGUAACAAUGAGGACUGGGAUUUUGACAUCGAACUGGGAAACACAGCAGAGGACGCCCGCGAUGACCCCGAGGCGGGCCGGCUGCACUGCACCUUCCACCGGGGCCUUUGUUCCUGGAUGUCGGACCGCGACGGAGACCUUCCCUGGGAGGCGGAGCGGAGUCCUGCAGGUCAGUACCUGUCUGUUCCUGAGCUGAAGGCGGGACAAAGAAGCAUCCGAGGAGCCCGAUUGGCCCUCCAGGUGCCCCCUUCCUGGAGCCACGGCGACCUGUGCUUCUCCUUCUCCCAUUGGCUGACGGGUCAUCAUGUGGGCGUUCUGCAGCUGUUCAUCAAGAAGAAGGGACGCGAUGAAAGGUAUGGCCCCGCCCUCUGGAGCAGGACCGGAGGACACGGCUGGAGACGAACGCAGGUUACCUUGACAAUGCGAUCCGUGGACAGAGUUUUGAUGAAGGCCGAGCGAAGGAAAGGUCGGCGGGGACAAAUGGCGAUUGAUGAUGUCACACUGAGUCAAGGGGCGUGUCGAUGACAUCAUGAGGGCUCACAUGGACUUGUGGUUGACGUGUCUGAAGGACUUCUCUGCUGUCGGAGCUGCAAGCAGCAGACUCCGCCCCCAAUGGAUGGAUGACUGUUACCCACCUGACCAGGGGUCAACAGGUCACUCAGGGAAGCUGCAGGGCAGAAAGCAAACAUUUACCCCAGGCUGAACCGUCGUCACACUCCGGAUGUCAGCGAGUCUCCUGUCAGCUGACCUCUGACCUUCAGUGUUUGGCUCCACCCCCUGAGUCUGUCCAACUGCAUGGAUGAAGCUCCUCCCAGUUGAAGUUUCACUUCCUGCUUUUAAACCACAUUUGCACAAAAACGUGUUACUUCAUUAAAUAACAGUUUGAUGUUUUUGA